UCUUGCUACCGUACAUCGCAGUCUGACCCUGCGGGGCCUGCGGUCGAGUCUCUCGUUCUGUUCGCUGCUCAUAACUUGAACAUGGCAUCCUCAUCUCGGCAACGCGCCGUACAGGCCAAUCUUGACGACGCUCGAUCCGAGAAGCUCGACACCGUAUUCCGCGCUAUCCAGGCAGGCGGGAUGACUUUCGGCGGGUUCUUGCGCGAAGCUUUCACUGUGCCGCCUCCUCAGGUUUCCAAGGGAAAUACGGCACGACACUCGCAGCUUGUUUCUGCAUUCCUGGGUGGACGAUCGAGCGAGUCGGCACACGAAAUCGUCGAGCUCAUGUACUCGAGCAGGUACAGUGCUCCCAUCCCUGUUCGAGACUCUCCGAGACGUCCUGGCCACGAAGCGCCGCGACCUGACGCGAAGAAGAUGGCUCGCUGGGGUCUGCGUGAAUGGGCUGUGGAGAAGGUGGAGGAUAUCGUGGACGAGGAGGCGGAGGAUGUCACGUCGAAGGCGGGCGGGUUUCACCUGAGGGACAAAGACGCUACAUGGGACUUCAUGUUUAGCUUCACAAUGGAAAACAUCUUGUCCGUCAUCAAUGCGAGGGCCCCGACUGCCCUGCGUGUGAUUACCGCCGCCGCUAUCCCCCGUCGUGUUCGCAAACCGCCCGGUGCUCCUCAAGAUGCUUCGGCAACCUUUUGUGGAACGUACUACUCCAAAGAACCAGACUCGAACGGAGACAGAGGGAAGCGACGUGAUCCGAUGCUUAUAACCUUGAUUGCAUGCCUCUUGCUCUUCGGGGCGCGCAACCUACAGUUCACGGCAUUCCAGAAGUUCAUCGGGAUAUGGCUGUUCGCCCAUACAGCCUCUAGUGACAUCUAUGCGGUGUUCAGCCGCUUUGGUGUCUCGGUCUCUUACAGUUCUGUGCUCAGACUGUUACGCUCCCUAUCACAGUCUGCCCAAAUGGUAAUCCAACGUGUCGCGACUGCGCGAGCAUUCCUUCUCAUCUACGACAAUAUCAAUCGCAUGGCCCGUGCUUGGGAUCCCGACGUUGGCGAGCACGACAUAAUGCACAAUGGCACCGCUGCGACUCUUGUCGAGCUCGAGGAUUGUGACCCGAAGGUCGCGUUUGAUCCGGAGACGUUGCGGCGUGCGCAAGGCGAGCAGCUUCGCAGGAAUCUUCACGUCAAUGUCUUGCACGGCCGGGUUGAUUGGUGGAAACUUAAUGCAGUGAUGACCACCCACAUCCUCGGUAUCCUCGCGGAACAUGUACCCGAGCAUCUGUCCGCGGUGAAAGAUUUCGUCAAGCUCCGGCUGUCCACUACUCUAGCAACCCAUCGUAUGCGAGACGGGCGGAAGACAAAGCUCCAUCCCCUGGCUACAUCUGAUUACAAUGAAGGCGUAACGAGCGAGAAUGCGAAGGUUCUCGACGACCUCCUCCUUCAUCAGCUUGGAUUGCCGAAAGAAGAGGUAGAUAAACUCCUCGUCAUUGUUGGCGGGGAUCAAUCUACCGUGGAGAAGCUGCGCACGCUGAAGAAGUUCCUCGCAUCCUGCCCGCAUGGUUAUAAACGGUAUGGCUGGGUGCUUCCGCUCAUCCAGCUCUGGCACAUGGGCUGGGCAGAUCUGGAGCGCAUUCUUUCCACGCAUUGGGGUGCGUCGCAGUCCGAUGCGAAGGAUUUAUCAUCGCUGUGUGCGAUGAAUGUUCUCCUCGGGCGCAAGGUCAAGGAUCAGAAGCGCCCAGACUACUACCCCACCCAGCAUCUUCUCUUCGACACCCUCAAGGCCGAUAUUCUGAGUAUCUGGCGAAUCCGACUCGGUGUGAAGGAUCUACCUGCGUACUUCAGCACACAUACUGUGCCAACUGAAGAGCUUCUACAAGUUGCUGAAGACAUACGGCUCACGUAUUGCACGUCUGCUGCCUGGGAAGAAGCAGUAUUACCAGAUGAUGACAGCAUGGCGACUGUGAGCUUCCCGAUCGGUGCGGCAUGGCAGGCCCCCGAUGGCACAGACGGCACCCCAGCUAUGGCCACGGUGGCAGGCCUGCAGGACAAUGCGCUAUCCUCAAACCGUGGCGAUCAAGUCUUAGGAAACAUCAUUCUGCGCACACGGGAUAUCUUACUUCAUUAUGAAUUUCAGUGUGCAAUCGCUGAAGGAGACAUCGGACGUGCCAUGAACGUCAUGUCGGUAUGGACGUUCACGUUCAUGGGCUCAGGUCGACAUAAGUACGUGAAUGAGCUACUGGAACUCACGUGCCACUUCGAGUACGAGUACUCGGGCGAACUCCAGAAAGCCAUAUUAAACAACUGGCUCUGCAACCUAUCUGGGUUUGCUGGAUGCUGGUUUCCUAUGGAUCUUCUUCAAGAGAAGAACAUCAAGCAGCUGAAGGAGAUGGCGCAGCGACGAAGUGCCUCCUUUGGUGGCUCCUUUUUCAAGGAAGUUAUCGCCUAUAAUAUUCGUGCAUUCUUGCAGACAAUCACGUCGGCCCGAGUUACCGCUCACCUUGCAAGCAAAAGCGCAAAACAUGCACGCAAAGACAAGCAUGCUACACUCAACGAGCUUUCGCGGCAUAUGGACGAACAAGGUUUGCAUCAGUUCCGAGCGGGACGUACCCUGGGACAUGUAGCACAAGACGACUUCACGGAGGGCUACCGGAAGCUAGCAGAUGGGAAAAAGAUCGAAGACUUCAUUGCACGUACACUUCGGGAUGCCGGCGCGAUCCACAGUGAUUCCGAGUUAGCGGCCGCCGACGACGAACAACAAGCGAUAGAUACUGCUGCAUUACCGAAUGUGGUUGUAGACGGGCAGCUACUCGUUGGUGACGAAGUGAUGUUGGAUGGGUUGGACAGUGGUGAGGAGGAGGAGCAAGAGGAGCAGGAUAAUGAUACAACAUGACACUAGGAGUUACAAAUGCCAGAGCCGUCGACAGUACCCCAGUUGCAUAUAGUAACGCCGAUCGCACUGAGCGGGGCAUCCGACGAGCGUCAAAGCGCGCCUUCGACGCGUUAUACACAAAUGUUGGCC